AUGUGUAUUGAUUAUCGCCAGUUGAAAAAAGUUACAGUGAAGAACUGUUAUCCUUUGCCUCGUAUUGAUGAUCCGUUUGACCAUCUUCAGGGUGUACGAGUGUUUUCUAAGAUUAACUUAUGCUCAGGUAACCAUCAGUUGAAGAUUCGGAAGCCAGAUAUCUCGAAGACUGCUUUCAGGACUCGGUAUGGUCAUUACGAGUUCCUUGUUAUGUCAUUUGGGCUGACCAAUGCCCCAGCAGUCUUUAUGCAUUUGAUGCACAAUGUGUUCCGGUUAUAUCUUGACUCGUUCGACAUUGUCUUUAUUGAUGAUAUUCUGAUGUAUUCUCAGAGUCGGGAAGAUCAUGAGCAGCACCUGAGGACAGUGCUCUAG